UGAAACGCUAUAUAAAGUGACAAACUUGCUUGGUUGCGCUGUAUUGGCGUUAAUACGGUAUCGCGUCUCGCUCGGGUAAUAUCGAAUCGGACGACGAUAACGAUUUUUUAACUUUUUUUUACCAUCUCGGAUCGAACGACCACCCCGGAUCCCAUCAUCUUCUCCAAGGGCGAGGACGAAUCGUGCCACGCGACCGACCGUACGACCGACCGACCGACCGACCGACCGACUCACCGAUCGAUACUCCUCUUCUGUUUCCGCGUCAACCGAUCCAAGGAUGAUUCGAUACACCACGUCGUGAGAUCUAUACGAAUAAAAUCUACUUUACGCAUUUAAUACGGAACAGAGGGAAUACGCGCUUUUUCUCGGUGAUCCACUUGCGCAUUAUUUAAAUUAGAUUUACACGUUCCACGAACAUGAAGCGAGUGCUCUUAUUAUUAAUCUGUUCUCUAAUGGGAUUCGUCAACCCUCUACCUCGAAACGCGACCGAUUACGAAGAUAUGUCCUAUUGGCUAAAAUCCGGCCAAGAGAAUCUUCGAAGAAUCCUAACUCAUCGAAAUAACGAAAAUCGCGCGAAGAAUAUUAUUAUUUUCAUUGGCGACGGGAUGGGAAUUUCUACGAUCACGGCAGGUCGAAUCUACAAAGGCCAAAUCAAGGGUAAUACCGGUGAAGAAUAUAAAUUGGCAUUCGAAAUGUUUCCCAACGCUGGAUUCGCCAAGACUUACAACACGGACAAGCAAGUUCCCGAUUCGGCUGGAACAGCUACCGCGAUAUUUUCCGGCGUGAAAUGUCGUUACAAGGUUAUCGGAUUGGACACGAGAUCUUCGUUCAAUCAAUGCGACAAGCGGGUCGAUCAAGCGAGCAAACUUACAACCGUCGCGGAUUGGGCUCAACAAAGUGGCAUGGACACGGGAUUCGUAACCACGACUCGGGUCACCCAUGCCACUCCGGCAGGAUUGUACGCUCACGUGAAUAAUCGGGAUUGGGAAUGCGAUACCUCGAUACCGAAACAAUACACAGAUUGCGUGAAGGAUAUAGGAAGACAAUUGAUGGAGGAUGAGCCGGGAAACAAGUUUAAGGUGAUCAUGGGCGGUGGAGCGCAACUCUUAGGUUUACCGAUGGAACCGAUAGAUCCAGAUACGUGCGUCAGGGGAGAUGGGAAAAAUUUGGUGGAAUACUGGGAGGGAAAUAACCCUGACGGGAGAGUAGUAACCAACACCGAACAACUUCUCUCCGUCGAUAUCGCCAACACGUCGAAAAUUCUUGGAAUUUUCGCUACUAAUCACCUUCCCUACCACGCCGUCAAAACCGAAGAAACGCCGAGUUUGGCCAAUAUGACCAAACAAGCCAUCAAAUUGCUUCGGAAAAACGACAACGGUUUCCUUUUAAUGGUCGAGAGCGGGAGAAUAGACAUGGCCCAUCAUCAUAAUUACGCAAAGUUGGCGUUGCGAGAAUUAUCGGAACUCGAGGAGGCGAUACUGACCGCUCUUCAACUGGUCAAAUUGGAAGAAACAUUGGUGAUCGUAACUGCCGAUCAUUCCCACGCGUUCACCAUUAACGGUUAUCCGAAGAGGGGAAACGAUAUCCUCGGUUUCGCCAAUGAUCCGUCCAAACCGAACGUGCCGGCUUACGAGACGCUCAGUUACAUCAACGGUCCAGGCUUCUUUUACCAUCGACGAAACGAUAGUAACAACGUUAACGAAACGUGGAGGCUCGUCGAUCAGGAUCAGACACGCGACGAUCCAUAUUAUACUCAAAUGGCUGGUAUAUAUUUGGAGGACGAGACACACGGAGGCGAAGAUGUAGGAGUUUACGCGAUAGGUCCGUAUUCCCACUUGAUUCGCGGUACGUUUGAACAAAAUUAUAUCGCUCACGUAGUGGCGUAUGCGGCGUGCUUCAAAGACUGGCCUUCCCAUUGUGACAACGUUUACAAUCGUUACUUCUACCAACUGGCCAACUCGGUGAAUCGUAAUACCAAUUCAUCCAUUGUAUCUCUCUUGAUGUUGCUGCUUCUCUCAACAGUGGUCAAUCGCUAUUGAUUCUAUGCAUCGAGGACAUUACAUAGUAUAAUUAAUUCGCAUCUCCAAUACUAUUUUUCUUCUCAUUAAUCGUACACUUUCGCAUACUUACUCAAUUAUAAUUUAUACCUACGUAUAAUGUUAAAUUACACGGUGCAUACGCUCGAGUCUUUCUA